AUUUCAGACUGUGUGAAAACGGGUUCCGCCAUGCCUUCGUUCUGGACGCAGGUCGAGAAGUCGCUGAAAUGGUAGCCGAAUGGAUCAAGGCAGAUUUCAGGACAUGACUUUUUUUAUUUUUGGCUUUUUAUUCUUUGGCCCAUGAAGUUCUUUUCAUGAUAAAUACAGUUGGGAGCGUGCAGAAAGCAUGUGUGCAUGGACUGCGCCGCACAGCACAGAGAGGCAAGAUGGGGAUGGCCAGUGACGACCUGCUGGUAACACUCCAGAUAUUACCUGCUUUCUUUUCAAACUGUCUCUUCUUGGCGCUGUACGACUCCAUGGUGCUGGUGAAGCGCAUCGUGUCGCUUCUGAGCUGCUCCAGGUCCGCCGGCUCGGGCGAGUGGCGCCGCAUGUUGACUACGGCGGGGCUCCGCUCCAUCUGGAAUAGUUUCCUCCUGGACGCCUACAAACAGGUCAAACUUGGCUGUGAGGCACCCAACUCCAAAGUGGUAAAGGUGCCGGAUCGUCCUCAGUGGCUUCACAAGGUUAGCACUGUACCUAAUGAGCAACCUGAUGCUUCGGUCCGAAAUUGGGACGAAUGCCACCUUCUGGAUUUUGAGUCUUCCGAUCGUCCCCUGGUGGUGAACUUUGGCUCAGCCACCUGACCCCCCUUCGUCAGCCACUUGCCAGCUUUCCGGCGGCUGGUGGAAGACUUCAGCGACGUUGCUGAUUUUCUGUUGGUGUACAUUGACGAGGCUCAUCCGGCUGACGGCUGGGUGGCCCCACAUAUGGGCUCUUGCUCGUUCAGUGUGCGGAAGCAUCGGAGUUUAGAGGAGAGGAUUGGAGCGGCGCGCAAGCUCAUUGAUCACUUUUCUCUGCCUCCGCAGUUACAGCUAGUGGCUGACUGCAUGGACAACAAUGCUAAUGUGGCUUAUGGUGUGUCCAAUGAACGGGUGUGUAUAGUACAACACAGAAAGGUUAGCUACCUUGGUGGCAAGGGGCCUUUCUUUUACAAUUUGAAGGAUGUGCGGCAAUGGCUGGAGGAAAGCUACGGUAAACGGUAGAAGUAAACGAUGUACAGAAGAGGAAAGAUCCAUUUCAUGCAUUUGAGACAUUAGAAGUCAUUAACAGACUGAAUUAACUAAACCCAUUUCAUGCUGCUUGCUCUUGAAAUAUGUUUUGUGCAGUGUAACCCAAAUGUUUUUAAAGGGUUAAUUGUGUCUAUGAUGGUUUUAUUUUAUUUGGCUCUUUCUUGUACAGUGGAACCAGUUUAAGUCAACCCUGUUUAUCUCGACCAAACUCUUCAAGUCCUCGUCCAUCGUGUUCUUCCUGUUACUGAAAAGUGCCUGCAAAACGUCGACAUUCAUGGCUGACCACUUUUCCAUCCAUCCAUCCAUCCAUCCAUCUUCUAUGGCGCUUAUCCUCACUAGGGUCGCGGGGCUAUGCUGGAGCCUAUCCCAGCUGACUUUGGGCGGGGUACACCCUUUUGUUGACAUAAAAUGUGAUCCCUAAAGAGGUCAUUUUCCCGCACUGUUUUUGUCGACAUGUUAUCGCUUGCGUGUUUUUGCAAAAACAGAUUUGUGCUCAUGUCAAAAUCAAUAAAAACAAACGGGGGGUUCCAGGGGGGACAACGGGACACCUACCUUCAAAGCUUCGGCAUAGGACCAAAGGUCUUUUCUUCUUGGCUUCUUUCAUCCCCGCUGAAAUUUUGCACAGAUGGGGCGGAAAACGGUGUCAACUGCCAUAGGUUCAAAAUCCGCCUAUUCUCCUGACGUCCUGAAAGUCACAUGAAAAUGUGCAAGCGCUGACUAUUUUCGGUUACGUCGACAACCGCUUAUGUCAGCCUAUCCGAGGGAUGUCGACUUAAAACAGGUUCCAUCGUGUAAAAAUGCCCGUUCACGGAAGACAAAGUGCUCUAUACAGUAUAUCACAACUCUACAUAUGGCAUUCAGUAGUACACGAGCCACCUGAUACUGUACUUAUUUUACCAAAAUAUGACAAAAACCUCUCUCUCUCUCUCUCUGUGUGAACUAUAUAACUCCAAUGUAUGUCGAGCAAACAGUAAAAGCCAUUGUUUUACAUUAGAAACCAUCACAAGGAGCGCAGGUCAUUUUAAAGUGACGAUUUGUAAAUCCUUUUCAACCUCCACGUACAUGAAUACAGUGCAGUUAAUAUUUCGACACGUCCAAUUUAUUGACUUAUUAUUUUGUGAUGUGUUCAGAACAUGUGGGAGCAGAGGCGCAGGGGUCACUUAACUCUCUCGAGUUUUGAAAAUGAAAUGAUUUUGCAUUCUUGCUUUACAACUUAAUGUGCGCUACAGUCUGCGGUCGUGUUGCAGCAUGAAUUUGACUGAUCUCUCAUUCCUGUUAAAAGCCAGGUGCGCUCACGUGUUAUUUAAAUCCAUCUGGCAGAAAAGACGAGCUUCCAGGAUACUUGUUGCUCAUGUAAUUUAACAUAUUAUUAAUAGCAUGUAACGUAUUGUUAUAAGAAUUAAGGAUGUGGGGGACCUUUUGAUAUUUUACGUUGUGGACACCAACCCAUGUAGACAGGCUAAGAAGUUACGUAUUUAAAGAAAAACAGCCUGCAUCUCAGGUUUGGGUUAUAGGUGACAUUAUUGCUAUGAGCUUUUUUUUACACUUUUAGAAAUAUUUCAACUUGGGCUGCAACUAAUGAUUAUUUUCUUAGUGGAUUAAUCUGAAGCUGGUUGUUUCGAUUAUUUGAUUUAGCGGUUAAGGGGGAGUUACAUUCCGACCUAGGUAUAAAAAUGGGAAAAAUUGCAAGAGACAUACGCAUUGCCGGCACGGAUUUUUAAACCCGCAGACAGCACGCAAAGCCCGUAGGAAGGAAAUUGGGAUGCAGAUUAUUUUCUGCGUGCACGCAGGAAAACCUUGCACGCAGCCAGGUCGCAAGGCAGAGGAGGAGUGCGUGACCUUUGUGUGUGGCGCAAGUUUAAAAGUACAUUGUGUACAUUGCCCGGCCACGGCAGCGGCUCCUCCAGCUGUACACUCAGUUUCUCCUGACCUCCAUGGACGCAAGGCAGCUGCUCACAUAGCGUAUCCGACAUUGAUGCGCCUUACCCAGCCACGGCGGGCAGCUCUUCCCGCUGUACACUGUGGUUCUCCUGGUCACGAUAGCUGUAGGAGGCCAGUAUGGCCAUCUUGCAAUCGAAGUGAGUGGGCGUCACAAGCUGCGUACGAUACCCACACACGGUACGUCCCCAGCAAGUGAAACGUACAACAGCCUUACCUGAAGCACACCUAGCACGCACGAGUCGCAUGCCACACUCUUAAAGCUACCCACAGAGGGCGAGCAGCAAGCAUGUGGGUGUCACGAAUCACAUGUUCCAUAUAAUUACGAGACACUUGCAACCCCCCUGAUACCCUAUUUGUACAGUUGUGUGCCCCCUUCUUGAUGUCUUAUUUUUUUGCAUGUUUGUCACACUUAAAUGGUGCAGAUCAUCAAACUAAUUUGAAUAUUAGUCAAUGACAACAUAACUGAAUGGAAAAUGCAGUUUUUAGAGGAAACUUUUUAUUAUUAAGAGAUAUAAAAAAAUCCAAACUUACAUGACCCUGUGUGAUAAAGUGAUGGCCCCCUAAACCUAAUAACUGGUUGGGCCCCCUUAGCAGCAACAACUGCAAUCAAGCGUUCAUGAUAACUUGCAAUGAGUCUCUUACAGCGCUGUGGAGGAAUUUUGGCCCCCUCAUCUUUGCAGAAUUGUUGUCAUUCAGCCACAUUGGAGGGUUUUCCAGCAUGAAGCGCCUUUUUAAGGUCAUGCCACAGCAUCUCAAUAGGAUUCAGGUCAGGACUUUGACUAGGCCACUCCAAAGUCUUCAUUUUGUUUUUCUUCAGCCAUUCAGAGGUGGACUUGCUGGUGUGUUUUGGAUCAUUGUCCUGCUGCACAACCCAAGUUGGUUUCAGCUUGAGGUCACCAACAGAUGGCCGGACAUUUUCUUUCAGCAGAAUUCAUGGUUCCAUUGAUCACAGCAAGUCUUCCAGGUCCUGUAGCAGCAAAACAGCCCCAGAACAUCACACUACCACCACCAUAUUUUACUCUUGGUAUGAUGUCUUUUUCUGAGAUGCGGUGUUACUUUUACGCCAGAUGUAACAUGUCUCGUCAGACCACAGAGUAUUUUCCCAAAGGUCUUGGAGAUCAUCUAGGUGUUUUCUGGCAAAACAGAGACAAGCCUUAACUUUUUGUUCAGCAGUGGUUUUGGUCUUGGAACUCUGGAACUAUGCAGGCCGUUUUUGCCCAGUGUCUUUCUUAUGGUGGAUGAACACUGAUCUUACUGAGGCAAGUGAGGCCUGCAGUUCUUUUGAUGUUGUUGGAUCUUGGGGUCAUUUUGGUUGGCUGGCCACUCCUGGGAAGGUUCACCACUGUUCCAAGUUUUCGCCAUUUGUGGAUAAUGGCUCUCACCAUGGUUGGCUAGAGUACCAAAGCUUUAGAAAUGGCUCUAUAAACUUUUCCAGAUUGACGGAUCUCAAUAUCAGUUAUGUUUUAACAGUGGGGCAAUCACUUUUUCACACAGGCUCAUGUAGGUUUGGAUUUUUUUUCUCCCUUAAUAAUAAAAAGUUCUAUUUAAAAACUGCAUUUUGUGUUCAGUUGUGUUGUCAUUGACUAAUAUUUAAAUUUGUUAGAUUAUCUGAAACAUUUAAAUGUGACAAACUUGCAAAAAAAAAAAAGAAAUCAGGAAGGGCAAACACUUUUUCACACCACUGUAUGUGUCUCUUCAUGCGCUGCGAUUGAUUGGCGAAAUAUUCGAGGUGCAAUCAGCCAUAGUCAGCUGGGAUAGGCUCCAGUCUGUUUCAGAGAGGCAUGCACUCGCUGUACUGUUUUCGAGAUAUUUAGAUUCAAUUUUUUCCCAACAUUUUUAUUGUCAAAUUAAUUUGUUCCCUGUUGCACUGGUUUAAUUGUAAAAGGGUCAGCAAAAAAUCCCUACUAUAUCGACAGGGUUUCCCCAAAAACGUAUUUUCUUGGGCAACAUGGCUCAGGUGGUAGAGUGGUCGUCUCCCAACCUGAAGGUUGCGGGUUCGAUCCUCUGUCCUCCUGUGAUCAUGUCGAAGUAUCCUUGGGCAAGAUACUGAACCCCCAGUUGCUCCUGACGCUGCGUCAUCAGUAGGUAAAUGUGCUAACAGUGUUAAAGUGCUUUGAGUGAAAGACCAUUUAUGACAUUUUUACAUGCUCAAAUUAUCUAAAAUCUUACUGCAAUGUGUAGAAUCAAAAAAAGGGAUAUUUUCACACGGUGGAACCCGUUUCAUCAGACCCCGCAUGCGCACAAAACGUCACACGUGUGACUGUAAGAAUUUUGGUGAAGGCAGCUUGUGGGGAACUUGCUCGAUGUCUGUUCCGAGGAGCAUGUGGAUGAAAACUCGGAGCCAGGAGCGGUGGGACAUUGACGUGAGCCGCUUCACUGAAGCAGAUUUUUAAAAUCAUUUUCGGAUGACAAGAAGAACUUUUGCUUUCAUGUGCGAGUACCGUUCCCCAACUGUUUCACAGCAAAACACGUAGUGUACAUCAUCGAGGGUAUACGCGACCUUCACCUUCAGACUACAGUAAAAUCUGAUACAUAUCAGAUUUAUAUCUACAUGCAAACGAGUCAUAGGUCACAUUUAUAAAAAAUUGGAAUUGUAGUGUUCACACUGACAUGAAAAAAUCAGAUACAGGACCAGAAGUCCCGAAGUCAGCUGGAAUAGGCUCCAUCUCACCUUUGAGGACAAGCAUAAUGGAAAACAUAUGGAUGGACUUAAGAUGGCCUAAAAUGUUCUUGCACUAACAUGUUUGCCCCAUAGUUGCCUUACCAAGCAUACAUUCAGUCAGGGCAAAACCGGGCUUUGUGUCACAGUUCUCGUGCAACUUGUAAAAAUGUUUGCAAUAUGUUUUUUUUUUUUGUUUUUUUUUAAUAUUCAUUGUAGAUGUAUUUUGAGUGCUAUGGGAAUCUGCCACUGUCGGUAGGGUACAGAUGCUUGUUCCUGCUCAUAAUGAUAAAGGUGUACUGAUGAAAACCUGUGAUGAAAGAGUCUGUGACUCAGUCUCUGGUUGGAUCGUAAACCACACCUGAUCGACUUGAGAAAGACCAACUGCAUCUGUUUUUUGUUUUUGUUUUUUUUUUAAUGUUCAACUAUAUUUUGUCCUCCGUUUUCAAUUUCUAUUAAUUGCAAUGUUAUUUUGUUUUUUAUGUGGAGGGAAAUAAUAAAGUAGAAAUAAAUGUGUGUGAGUGUGUGCUGAUGGAUUUUAUCUCUUCCAUUUGAUGUAAAACAAAAAGAUACUAUUGAAAUUUGUAAAAACCUGCCGCACAUGUUAUGAGUAUGACAUUUCCAACGGCUAUAGGUCAGUUUGUGGCAUGGCAUUCUGUGACUCAUUCUGGGCACUGACAUGACCUGGGGCCCCUUGCACAAAAGUAGGGUUUGGACAUCCAGGAUAAAUGACUGAGCUGCAGCUCAACUAACUCAAAACAAGAGUGUAACUGGUCGUACAAAGCCCAAGCCAGGAUGAGUAGACGCUGAUUAAUCAAGCCAGGUGAAACCAAUCCCAGAUCAGUGCGCGUACGUGGCUUGGUUAAAUAGACCCCGCCUAUCGAUCACAGAGUCACUGAUUCACCCUGGCAAAGAGACGGAAGAGGAAAGUCUCAAAGAGGCUUACGAGGAAGCAAAAGAGCAAUUAAAAAGGAAAGGCAACACCGCCGCAGUCAUAAAACAAAGAGAGAAAGCAUGGCAAAUUGUAUUGCGGAGCCGAUCUGCAAUACAGUGUUUCUGUGCUACAUAGCGGUUCACUUUUCUCGAAUUCACUGUUGCAUGGAUUUUUGUGUGCAAUUUUGCUUAUUUUUGAGGGACUGUCGUGGCUGACACGUCUCUUUAACAUUGCAUGGAAGUCAGGAACAGUACCUCUGGAUUGGCAUUUUCAAGAAGGGUGACCGGAGGGUGUGUUCCAACUAUAGGGGGAUCACACUCCUCAGCCUCCCUGGGAAAGUCUAUUCCAGGGUGCUGGAGAGAAGAGUACGACCGUUAGUCAAACCUCGGCUACAGGAGGCUCAACGUGGUUUUCGUCCUGGUCGUGGAACACUGGACCAGCUCUACACUCUUGCAAGGGUACUGGAGGCUACCUGGGAGUUUGCCCAACCGGUCUACAUGUGCUUUGUGGACUUGGAAAAGGCAUUUGACCGUGUCCCUCACAGUGUCCUGUGGGGGGUGAUCCAGGAGUACGGGAUUGGUGGCGUGCUACUUCGUGCCAUUCAGUCCUUAUACAACUGGAGCAGGAGCCUGGCUUGCAUUGUCAGCAGUAAGUCCAGCCUGUUUCCUGUGAAUGUUGGCCUCCGCCAAGGCUGCCCUUUGUCACCGAUUCUGUUCAUAAUUUUCAUGGACAGAAUUUCUGUGCGCAGCCAAGGCGUCGAGGGAGUCCAGUUUGGUGGCCUUAGGAUGUUGUCUCUGCUGUUUGGUGACAAUGUGUUCCUGAUGGCCUCAUCGGGCUGUGACCUUCAGCGUUUACUGGGGCGGUUUGAGUGUGAAGCUUCUGGGAUGAGAAUCAGCACCUCCAAAUAUAAGGCCAUGGUUCCCCUGUCGGAAAAGGGUGGAGGAGUUGAAGUAUCUCGGGGUCUUGUUCACGAGUGAGGGAAGGUUGGAGCGUGAGGUCGAUAGGGGGAUCGGCGCAGCAUCUGCAGUAAUGCAGUUGCUGUACCGGACCGUCGUGGUGAAGAGAGAGCUGAGGAAGGCAAAGCUCUCAAUUUACCGAUCGAUCUAUGUUCCCACCCUCACCUAUGGUCAUGAGCUUUGGGUUGUGACCAAAAGAACGAGAUUGUGAAUCCUCCGUAGGGUAGCUGGACUCACCCUAGGAUAGGGUGAGGAGCUCGGCCAUCCGGGAGGAGCUCAGAGUAGAGCCGCUGCUCCUUCACCUUAAGAGAAGCCAGUUGAGGUGGCUCGGGCAUUUAGUCCUCCCUGGUGAGGUGUUCCGGGCAUGCCCAGCCGGGAAGGGGCUCCGGUGUAGACCUAGGACACACUGGAGGGAUUAUGUCUCACAGCUUGCCGGGGAUGCCGUGGUGCCCUCCCGGUGGAGCUGGAGGAGGUGGCCGGGUUAGAUAAGCUGAGGAAAAUGGAUGGAUGGAUGGAUGGAUGAACGCGCAUUGUGUUUUGCUUCCUUGUGGUGUAUUGGAGUUGUCUAUCGGUGCUCUGUUGCAUGUGUCUGUUAUUGUAUUUACUACUGCUACCAGUAGAGGGUGUUGUAUACUCAUGUGAGAGUUGAAGACGUGUGCAGCUCCACCUCGUCUCAGUAUGUGUUUACGUGCCUGUACAAGCAUAUUGGGAACCCAGAGUAAACAACAGCCAGCUACAUAUAGAACCACAACAGUCCUUACUCGCUAAGGGAGAACCGGCCAAUUGUGUUUUGCGUUCUGAUUGGCUGUAGACCAUUGUCAAUCAAUCUCCCUAGUGCCGUAUCCUGUUGCGGUAAAUAGUCGCUCGCAAACUCGCUAACUGUGUGAGCCGCUUGUUAACCGCCUGUCACUACGCAGUACGUACUGGACGUACUGCACGUUCUGCACAUGCACAAGACCUACGUCCUUUAGCAUACACACUCACUGCUCCGCUGAAACAUCAUAAUUACAAUCCAAAUAUUUAGUUAAUGUUAUGUUUGUUGCUUGUUUAACAAAAUCAAGAACAGUGAUGCACACUAAUACCUAGGAACUCUUUGCUUUAUUAGCAUAUCACCAUUACUCUCUCAUCGCUUCAACAGUGUGUAAACCUCUGGUUUCCCGUUGAGCGCUAAGUCUUCUGGGUAAUGUAGUACACAUCCACAACCAAUGCAAUUAACAUCUCUGAAAACGCAGUUGCGCUGUGAAUAUGAAUCUGUUGAAAUUGUAGGUGAAAUUGACUGCAAAUGUGUAUGAAAUUUCGAAUUGUACAUAUAACUCCAUCAGACUGCAUAACUCUUAUGUAUGUAUUUGUAUUUAUAUUGGAUGUGUAUUUUACAUAUAGUAUGUGUAAAUGAUCUAAUGAUUGCUACGUCAUCUAAAACCCUUCAUGUACAAUGAUUGAAAUGAACGAUGGGCAGUGGAAUAAUGAUUGGUUUCCAUUUAUAGUGACUACUGAUUGAGAUAAGGGAUGAGAUGAAAUAGAUCCUGGAUCUUAGCCUGGUCUGCAGCAGGCUAACACCACAGAAUAAAUCUCCAUGGUAACUUAUGUCAGAACAUAUUCCACUUUCCACUGUCUCACUUUUGUGCAACCGGAUCACAGAUAAGUUGAUCCAGGAUAACCAAGAUAUCCAAGCUUAAUCCGUAUCCUACUUUUGUGCAACAGGUCCUAGUGUUAAAUGGAAACCAAUCAUUAUUCCACUGCCCACCACACAUUGUUAUCACAUUCAACUACACCCACUGUCAUUAUUUCAACAUUUGUAAUCAUUCAUUUCAGUCAUUGUAGAUAAAACAUUUUAGAUGACGUUUCAAUCAUUAGAUCAUUUAUUAGAUCAUUUAAAGUCUCCGGCGUUUUCAGAUUUUCCCACUCUGAAAGUUCUUUUAAAAAAAAAUACCUUUUCAGGUCACCCAGAACGCCGUUUCCGAUUAUAAUACUAGGUUUCCGUUUGGAUAGCCCCUCAGAUUUACCAAAAAAUCCAGGGACAAAGAGCACAGCCAAGGACAGGGAAUAAUGACAACUAGAUGAAGAAGACAAAACCAAAGUGUUUACCUGGCAACCUGUAAAGUUUAUUAAUGCACCCAGUCAGAAACUAAAGUGUGACAAAAGACACCCUGGAAAGGAAGGGACUAAUAAUAAGCUACUCAGGUUAAACAACCAGUGACACAAAGACGGAGCACAAAGACAGGUGUGAGUGUUUGAGAGACGCUUCCAAAGAAUUAGGGGCAAAUAGUAAACAAGGCCUGCACAACAGAAGCCCCCUUUUUUUUAAUCCCUUUGCACUUGUGUUGGUUCAUUUAUGCUGUAAGUACAAAAAUAACAUUUGAAAUAGUGGAAAUGCCAUUACCCAUUUCCACUAAUCCCGAUUUAUCGCGAUUAUUUGGUUCCAGGCCCACCAUGAUAAGUGAAUUUUUGCUACGGAGAAUUCCUUUUCUUUUAAAUACAGUUUUUAACAUUAUUAAAGCCCUCUAGACAUGAACUAACUGUAGUCACCUUUACACUCGUAUUAUCCAAUAUAGUAGACAUAAUUGCAGAAAAUAAGCCAUUUUAAGACAUAAAAAAAGACUUGCGCUCGUGUGUGUUGCUGUAAAUGUGUUCCCUAGGGGAGAAACAUCGGAUUUGCGAGGGUAACGCACGCAACAGUAGCUUGUGUUUUUGUUAUGGAUUUUUACUAGGGGUUAUUGUGCCUGUGAUAAUUCAAACCUGCAAUAAAAGCCUGUCGGCGAUCAAGUGUGGCGUCUCACUUAAUGUUACAGUAACAUGACUGACACCUAGUGACUAGGGGUGGCGGAAUGGAUCCUUAGAUACAUCGCGAUGCGGACAUUGACGAUUAUCAAUCGAUUCAUAAAUGUCACUAAUCGAUGCUGAUGGAACAAAAAAAAAAAAACGGAACAAAAACACAGGAAGCCCAAGUGCCCCCCGGACAGUUUAUGGUGGUGCACCUAAGCCGCGACCAGAAUGGCUGAGCGUAAACGCUGACCCGCACCCGAUGGCUUCAAAGCGAGCGUCUGGAAGCACUUUGGCUUUCACGUAGUUGGAGGUAAAAAUGAGCUGGACAAGAGCCAGACAAUUUGCAAGCUUUGUCAAACAAGAUUCAAAUAUUUUGGCAACACAACAAAUAUGAGAAACCACAUAGCACGUUUCCACUCGGACGAGGAGGAAAAACAGCCAGCUGAAGUUGUUGCCGACCACAGAACCAUCGAGCAGGUGACAACUAAUUUUCCACCCAACUCGGAAAAGGCGCUGUUAUGUCACCGUAAUGGCGCACUUCAUUACUGAUGACUGGAAGCUAGCAUCUCACAUCCUACAAACGAGAGGAAUGAAUGAGAGCCGUGCGGGUGUGAAUAUGGCUGAGCUGUUCAAUGUUGCAGAGGCAUGUUGAUUUCUUGUUUAUUCAUUUGUACUAUUUGGGAAUGAGGGCAGCCUAGUUUUUUUGGUUAUUCAUAAUGUAAUAUUCUUUAUUCUUGUAUGAGAGCUGCUGGUACGGUAAUCUAUAUUUUGCAUGAAAGCUGUUUUUGACUUUGCUAUAUAGCAAAAAUAUUAUUUUUGUCAGAGAUUCUAUGCCCAGAAUUAUUUAUUAUUUAUUUAUGAAUAAUGGCAGAUUUUUAUGUUGGUUAUUCCGACGUUUGUGUUAGUUUUAUACACGCUGCUACUGGCCCAAUUUAUUUUUCCUGCGUGUUCUGUACAUUGAGAAAUAUGUUUGUCGAUGUAACCUUUCAAUUAUUAAGAUAAUCAAAGUAAAUUCAUCUGUUUCAUGUUUAUUUUCAUUGUGGAUUAUGACAAACAUGCUUUGUUUUAGUAGUACACAGCGAGUAAAAAGAAAUUAUAUGUAGAAAAAAAUUAAGCAUAAAAAAAUGGACAAACUAUUGAUCACAAAAAAAGAUGGCUAAUUGUUUCAUCAUCGCAUUGCAGGCCUCUGAAUCGUAAUCGCAUCGAAUCGUGAGGGGGGCCAGAGAGGCCACCCCUACUAGUAACCAGUGUAGAAUACUACACCAAGGUCUUUUAGUGCAUCUUUUGAAUGCCUUAUAUUUGUAUUUUAGCUCAGUUAGCCAUUUUUAUGCUUGAAAAUGCUUAAUUUAGGCAAACAAUGUUUCAUUUGUUGAAGUAUGCAUAUGUUUUCACUAAUAAUAGGCCUUGUUUUGUGACUUAAAUAAAAGUUUGUAUCCAUCCAUUCAUCCAUUUUCUAUGCCGCUUCUCCUCAUUAGGGUCGCAGGGGCAUGCUGGAGCCUAUCCCAGCUGACUUCGGGCGACAGGCGGGGUACACCCUGGACUGGUCGCCAGCCAAUCGCAGGCUUGUAUGUCCAGUGAUAUUUUUUCAUUGUAAUUUUCUUAAAAUGAAUGUGAAAAUCUAAUCUCGUCUCAUUCUCGUAGACCCAAUCUCGUGCAUCGUCUCGACUAGUGAGUUGGGUGUCUCCGGACAACCCUGGUAUUGAAAAUAUUACGAUAAACGAUUCAAUUCGGAGGAGUCUGCUUGUAUUGUCAACCACGUCGUCAAAUCAUAUGAAAAUGUCGUGGCCACGAUUGUACCAUUCUGAAUACAUAUUUUUAUAUACAUACAUACAGUAUGUAUAUAUAUAUAUACUGUAUAUAUUAUAUUGAGCAUACAUUUUUAAAUGGAAUGUUUUUGUUUUUGUUAUAAAUAGCUUAUUUUGGUACAAAAUCAGCCUAAUUUCUGUUCAUAAAGAAUUGAAGAUGAUGUGUGUGUUUAACAGAAGACCUGUACUUACAACACACGAAUAAGAUCGCUCGCUUCAGUGGCACAAUCCGAAGGAGCUGCGGUGAAUGCGAGGAUGACCGUCAAUAUCGAUGGACUUAUUGGCUCGUAAUGGCUACGAAAAACAUCAAAGGAGCCAGAGACAGUAAAGUGGAACUUGUGUCAGCAGAUUCUUACAUAUCACACGACAACCAACAUGGCGUAUUGUUUAAAACGGGUAAGUAGGGUUUCCCCUAGGGUUUUUUUGAAGCUGUGGUGGUGGGCUACUUGUGUCGUGCCGCGGCUGCGUCGCUGUGGCAGGAAUAUUUUUUUUUUAUAUUUACAUUUACUGUCGGUAAUUAUUAGGGUCACAUUUAGGGUACUUAGGGUAACAUUAGGGUCGUUUCUACAGGCUUGAACAACAAAUGCAUUAAUUACAUUCUCCAAUUCAUCGUUAAAUAGUAGUUUAACAAACGAACUAGGAGAAAACGUAAGUAUAGUGGAGUUCAUGACGCGGAGCGCAGCCAUGAAACAACUAAUAACUAGCCGCUACAAGUGAACGGAUACGGAAUAGGGUGAUUGAGAAGUCACUCCCUAUGUUAAGAUACUUAUAAUUUAUUCAUAUGUUGUAAAAAUGGCUGGACGUCUUACCCUACAGGAACGUAGUUUGGAGGUCCGUUGUUCAAGUGCAAAGACAGCGGAGGACCGUUAAAGUAAGACAUUCCACAUCAACUGGCGCCCACUAUCAAAUUUUUAAAUAAAACUCCAUGCAAUACACUUCCUUCUCAUGUUCAGAAUUAUACUUCAAAAAUAAAUGAUAAGUAAAUUAUAAGUACCUAAAAAUAGUUACUUUUCAAUCACCCGGACAUCUUACCGCUUAGUUAGUUUAUCCGCUAUCGAAAUAAUAAAGUUGCGUUAUCCGUGUGUGCCUGCCGACAUCUGUUCUCCACUUUUUUUGAUGCCGCCACCGCGGCACAGGAGCGAGCCAGGAGGGUGCUUAAUUGUCAGCUGACUGAUGUCAUGUGACAUCUACGAAGUGAAAGUAAUGAUGCAGGUGACACGUGACCAACACUGCUUCACGAUCGCCGUAACGCGCACCCCUGAUGUCGCAUACACUGUAAUACUGAACAUUGUUUUCACAUUAAAAAAAACAAACAAAGGCUGUUAUGCCUGCUUCAUUUCGUAUCCAAACUGUGACUUUUAAUCCAAGAAAUUAGGCUGCUAAGUGAGAGUUUUGGCAGGUUCUUGUUUUUCAAACCUUGUUGUUUUUAUUUUAUGUGCACCUUGCUGCACUUCCCCACUCGUUUUUGUUCAUCUUGCCGUCUGUGACUCUAAAUAAAUGAAGGUACUGUUGUUGCACACCAACCGUGUUUAUUUGUUCAUCUGCGUGUUUUAGCCUUUUGCUUUGAGGUGGAAAAGGUCCCAAAUGAAAUCUCUUUAUUUGUCGGAAUCCCCUUUAGCUGUGCUCUAAACAAAAGAACAAAAAAACCCGACAUUCUACGGUUAGUUGGCUUUGGACAAAAUCCAACGAAUCAGAUUCGACUAUGAAAAUUCUUAGCCGAAGACAGGUUUUUGGGAGAACACCUCCCACAUGAAAACCCCCCUGGCGUAGACUAUGAUGUCAUGUCGACAUUACAUCCUUUUGUGCUUUUGGAUGGCGCCAUUGUUCUGCAGGGGGAUGUCCUAAGCUCACAGUGGGAAAUUUCUCAGAAACCUGCAGGGGGUUAAUUGGAAUGAAUUGCUUGCAUGAACUGAGUUGUGUGGCACAUUCUGAUUUGAGAUACCCUUUUUGAGGAACUCAAAGGCAAAUGCUGUGACAGCGUAGUCAUACCCUCGGUGGAAGUGUUUGAGCUGUCGACUCACUGGCACGACACACAACGAGGACAUUUAGCCAUUAAUGCUGAAGGCUCUGGACAUAUUCGGAGUUCCAACUACAGUGGGGUGACUCUCUUCCAGCUCCCUGUGAAAGACUGUGCCAGAAUGCUGGAAAGAAGGCUCUGGCCUUUGGCCAUAGAACAGUAGAGCACCUUUUCACAAUGCGCGAGUGCUGGAUGGUCUACUUGUGCAUUGUGCACUUGAAAAAGGCAAAUAAUUGGGUCAGCCAGAAUGCUCUGUGUGGCUACAGAAUGCUGGCUGCUUCUGCAAAUUGUACGGAGACCUGAGUUGAAAUUCUCAGCAGACAAUCGACAACACUCCCAGUGCCCCCACAUCAGCAGCAUCAAUCCCUGCAAGAAAAAGUCCUUCUGCAGUUUGAAGUGACCACACUCCUGGGAUUCAUAGUGGUGGGCAGAUCGAGCCAUCUCUCGUUCUCUUCUAUGUUUAUUUUCACAUAAAUCUGAGUUUUUUGUUGUGUUGUGCUGAUAUUGUCACAUUGAUGAUGUUAUAUUUACACUGAAUAUUGUUUUACAGUCGUCCCUCGCUACAACACGGUUCGAACAUCGCGCCCUCAUUUAAUAACGUUUUAAAAAUGUUUGUAUUAAUUAAUAAAUCGUUGUUUCGUGGUUGAAUAUGGUCUAUUAUUAGUAAAAAAUAUGCAUAAUUAAGCAAAUUGUACGCAUUCAUGACCUAAAUUAAGCAUUUUCAAGUGUAAGCAUGGCCAAAUGUAGGAAAAUACAAAUCUAAGGUAUUCAAAAGACGUGCUAUGAAGCAUGAAUUCAGCAUCUGUGACUUGUGUGCGCCUUGGGAAGUGACGUGUGUGGCGUCAAAUGGCUAGAGUUGACUGCAGCUUAGCAGUGUAGAGAGUGGCUGACAGCAGCUCCUGUGUGAAUGUUCACUGCAUGGGUUCUCUGCUUGCUAAUAAAGUGAUUGAAGGGCAUCGUUAGAAACAGCGGCAGUAGAGAAGUAUUCUACACUGGUCUCUUGGUGUCAGUAAUGCCACACUGAUGUCUAAGAUAACUUAUUCUCUAUUAUUGUGUCUAUUAUAUUAGGUAAUAUAGUAUAUUAGGUAAUACAAGUCUAAAGGUGACUAAUGGGGGUAUUAUUUCAUGUCUACAAGGCUCUAAUAAUGGUAAAAAAACGUAUUUCGAAAGUCUUAAAGAGGUUUUUUGUGUUCUAAUUACAAAUAUCUUCCAUUUAUUAAUAUCGAAUCCUAUUUCGUGGAAAUUCACUUACUGCGAUAAGAGGGACGACUGUACAAAAAAGGAACCUCGGGAAAGUCGUUGGACUCAGGAGGGCCUUCGGGGCAAAAAGCCAAAGGAUUUGAAUUUUAUUUUGAGCCAGUGAGCCAGGUUUUUGACUUGAUGGAUUAUUUUCAGUCUUUUAUGAAUUUCUAUUGAGAAACUCCCCAGUCAAUUGUCCUUCCAGGACCUCCCAUUAUUGGCAGAAAGACCACUGGAUGUUUCUUUAAAGGAAAACUGCACUUUUUUUUUUUUUAGGAAUUGUGUCCAUCAUCCACAGUCCCCAUGUGAGUCAAAAACACACGUCUUUCCCUUUUCUGUCUGUUCUAGAUAGCUGCCUCGUACUGGCAGUUUCUCUCUAACAAUAUAGUGAAUGGGGAGUCACCUAUUUUGCUUCUAAAGGCCAACAAAGCUCCAUUUACAUGCCAUGACCUGUAUAUUAACCAAGACAUUGACGUUUUUGGCAGGUGGAAAAAAGUUUAUACCACUGCAGGGUUUGUUAGUGCUAACAAAUCUUCAAUGUGAUGCAGUCUCUUGGAGCAGUGUCCUCCUCGCCAGAUACACGAAGCCUUUCCAUCGAUGUCGGGCGUGGCUUGACAAACUCCACCUUUACACCACCAAGUCAUGCCGGUCCUGAGUCUCUCAGCCCCCGUCUGCUCCGACGUUUCACCCUCUCUUCUUGCCUGCUCAGCUCUAAAACCCGUAGCUCAUCCUCCAUAUGUUCAGGCUAAAAAAGAUAAGAUUCUGCUUCGUCUUUUGUCCCAAAAUAGUGGACGGUGUCGGCUCACACUUAGUGUGUGAUGAUUAUUGGUAGCAACCACAGAUCGCGCUAUCUCGAGCACACAGAAACAGAAAUUGUGUGUCCGUAGGGACAGUGGAUGAUGGGCAAAAUUCCUAAAGAAAGUGCAGAACAAGACAGGAGGAGUUUACUGAUGAUGAUGAUAAUAAUAAUAAUAAUAAAAUAAGCGCAAUUUCUUUCAAACGCAAGCGCAUGGCCCUGAAGACGGUGUGUGUGCGUGUAAAACAGAAUCGCAAUCUCAAUUCUAAAAUAGAUAAAUGUGACUCACAUCUUUUCCAGAAUGGGCGAGCCCUAAACAACAUAAAUAUUUUUCCUUACGUUUAUUCGAUUCCAUUCCGGGAAUGAAAAAGGUAAGAUUUUAGCUACAGUUGUAACCAGACGUUUACGUACUCUGUGUCAAAACACAUUUACAGUAUGUUCCUCACUAUCUGAAAUGCAAGGAGACUAAACUUGUCCUCUUUUAGGUCAGUUAGGAUGACCACAAUUACUUCUAUUUGCUAAAUGCUGCAAUUAUAAGACAGAGAAUAUUUUAGAGAGUUUUUUUUUUUUAUUUUAUGGUGAUGGCAGCAUAAUGUGGGGAUGUUUUGCUGCAGGAGGAACUGGUGCACUUCAUAAAAUAGAUGGCAUACGAAGAAAGAACAUUAUGUGGAAAUACUGAAGCAACAUCUCAAGCCAUGAGCCAGGAAGUGGAAGCCUAGUCACCAACGGGUCUUCUAAAUGGACAAGGACUCUAAGCAUAUCGCCAAAAUAGUCAUAAAGUGGCUUAAGAACAACAAAGUCAAUGUUUUGGAGUGGCCACACAAAGCCCUGAUCUCAAUUCAAUAAAGAAUUUGAAAAGUCGAACGAGCAAGAAGGCCUCCAAACCUGACUCAGCUACACCAGCUCUGUCAGGAGGAAUGGGCCAGAUUUCCAACAAAAUAUUGCGAGAAGCUUGUGGAAGGACACCCAAAGCACCUAAGUCCUACAAUUUAAAGGCAAGGCUCCCAAUGUGUGUGCAUUUGGAACUUUGAAAAAAGUAAAAAAAAAAAAAAAAAAACUCUCUUCAAUAUCCUUCUCUUGUAAUUGCAGCAUUUAGCAAACAGAAAUAAUUUUGGUCAUCUUAAAUGACCUAAAACAGCAAAAGUUCAGUCUGAUUUCAUUUUAGAUAGUGAGAAAAAACUAUUUCUGUUUUUAACAUAGUGUAUGUAAACUUCUGGUUUCAGCUGUAUCAGCGCUUAAGCUUCAUCAAGCCACACAACGCUGUGAAAAAAUAGUCUUUUUAGGGCUGUCAAUCCAUUAACAUAUUUAAUCGUGAUUAAUCACAGUUUGUAGAGUUAACUCAGAAUUAAUCACAGAUAGAAAUGCAUUUUUAAAUCUAUAAUAAGUAGGGAAAAUAUCUUUGUGGUGAACGAUGCGAUACGCAACUACAACGAUAACUACAUCCAAUCUUAAGCAAAGGGAUAUACAUUUAGGAAAUAUGGGCCAUUGUUAAAAAAUAUAUAUACAAUUAGAUAGCAUAUUAUUUUUUAUUAUAUUUUUAUUUUAUUAGUAUUAUAUUAGCUCUUAACCACGCCCAAAAAGGUUCAGCAAGUACAACAUGUGAGCGAGCGAGACCUCCGACACUGAGAUGUCUCACUUUGGCACAAACAUGUUUUUUUUUAUUACAAUGUCAGCUCAAACUAAGAUUUCUUUAUUACGAUACUGGUUUUAAAUUCUAAAUGUUUGUGAGUAGAAAAGUCUAUUUGGGAACAGUCAGAAACGAUGAUUAUUAAAUAUUUGUGCAUCUUUCCUUAAUGAAAUGUACAACUGAAAAUACCUAAAUACCUACCUUUAUCUUUGAGCAGGACAAUAGUCCUAAAAGUAACAUGUAGCCAAAAUUGCACACAUAAUCAAAUGUAAUUUCUCUUUUAAAACACAGUCAUUAAAAUACAUAGUUAGAAAUCCCCCAGUUUUUUAAUGUGUAAAUCAAUUGCCAAUUUGUCGUAUUUUGUUUGACGGUCAUUGAACACACCUUCCAACUUUCUCCCAUGCACAGACUACUAUACUGCAUUUUUCCCUUUUUUCUUUCACCUCAUAUUUGGUCCCAAAUGCUAAGUGGGAAUGCAUAAAGGUAAGAUUUGAUGACCUUAUUGAGUGCUAAUGUGCAUAUUUGUUCAGGACUAUCGCUAUAAUGUACGUAUGUUUUACUGAGAUGUUGAAAAUCUUUCCUGGGGACUAGCUAUAGUUCGCUGCUAACGCUAGCGCUGCUAAUGGUAAUUACAGCCAUUCUCAACUUCAGCCACGGUCAUCACAUUGACAGCCCGUAAAAAGCAGCUCAUCAUCCAAAUUUUAGCUCGCAGUUCAAAGCGAAAAUCAGCGGAGAGACGGCUUGCAUCUAAAAAACACUCCUUAGUCGGGACACCCGUAUGCCAAGGUACCACUAUAUGACAAUAAAAACAAUACCUGCAAUGCUCCAGACUAAUCUGUGAUAACUCAAAUCACAGCAACAGGAGAUACAAAUAACUUUGGUCUUGUUGCAUCUGCCAGGGGUUUGAAACCUAUCAAAAUACCCUUUUCUGUGUCCAUUUCUGCUCAAUAUUUGUUCCCGCUUGUGGCUAUAGUCACUGGUGCCUCCUCAAACUAGGCGUGGGGCAAGGGUCAAACAGGACGUGCACACAUUAAUCGCGCAUGAAAAAAAAUAGUGCCGUUAAAGGAAACGUCCGUUAACAUUGGCAGCCCUAAAUAUAUUGUUUUAUUAAACAACAACAUUGAGCCCCCAUUCAUUAAAAUCAUCAGAUUUGUCAUAUUCCUGACUUUAUUUUCUUUCAAAAAGAAUGAGACUAUUGGAACCCAGAACAGGAUAGCUGUGAUACAGAAGGAAGGGCACCUUAUUUUCUUGAAACACUGCAAGUAGAUAAAUAUUCAUGCAACUUUAGAAACAUCUCUGUUUAGAUCUCUAGGCUAACAAUACAUUGUCAUUUCUUACGAAAUAUCAAUAUUAUUCUCCACAUUCUUUUUCUCAGUGUAAAUUAACAGUUAAUAGACUUUGUCAUGAAAUAUGUCGAUAAUCCAUAUGUUCAGUCUGUACAA